UCUUCUUAUCCAUUACAGCUUGAAUCUGAACCAAACCCUCUGCAUCUCAGACACAAACUCAAACCCAUCAGAUCAUACACAUUCUCCAUCUCAUAACUCACGUUCUCCAUCUCAUAACUCUAAUUUCACCGUACCUUCAAUUCCAGCUUGAAUCUAAACCAAACCCAAAUCUUCUUUGUUCAUAACGGCAGCAACCCAAAUUCAAUUCGAGUUUAACCUGUCAUUCAAGCCACCGUCUGCUCAAAUCUUGACAUAGACAAUCAUCGUCCUCCACUGCUUCAACUACUAACAGCAGCAGAAAUCCAUUUCAGUCUCUCUAAUUCAUCUCAGAUCCAUCAAACCCCAUCAAUUUCUCUGAAGCCCUAAUAGUUCUCUGUUUUCCUCGUCUCGAUUCAUACUCAUACCCAUUUUGAUUUCAGCUUUCUUCAUGAGAACAUCAAUUUCUUCUCUUCUCUGAAUUACAGUUGCAUCUUUCAUAGAGAAGAUUUGGGUUUGGAUAGAGCAUCUGAACUACAGCCGCAUCAUUUUGAUUACAGCCGCAUCAUUGAACUAGGGAAUCUGUCAAAUUUGGUUUAAAUUGAGAUUGAGAUUGUUUGGAUUUCACGGUAUUGGUUUUGGGAUAAGAUUUGGGUUUAAUUGAGAUUUAGAAAUAUGGAGAAGGUUAAGUGAUGAUUAUGCUGGUAGUAAUUUAUUUGAUUGGACGGAAGAAGGCAAACAAUGAAGAGUAUUCUGAGUAGGGUACAAUGAAGAAGACGAUGGUAUUUUUGGUACUUCGUAGGAAUUCUUUUAUUUUUCUUUUGAUCAUUUUUUUUUCUGCCACCUAUAUACAGUUGGUGACUUAUCUAACUGGCUUUGGACGGAAAAUGUAACGAGGGAAGGUUUCACUAAUUUUAUAUCUGUAGGGGAGGUAACUCAAAUUAUGAUCUUAGCCAAGGGAGGUAACGCAAUUUACCCCUAAAAUUUGGUUCUGAACAAAAUUUUUUCUUCCUCUUUCAUAAAACAAGCGACUCCGUCCCCUCCCUCAUUACACUAAUUUUCUCAAACUUGAUUGAGAUUCCCAUUAGAAUUAGGGAAAAACACAUAAAACCCCUUUUCUCAAUUUCUCCAUUGAAAUGCAAACUUGAUGAAAUUGAGGCAGCCGUAUCUGAUUUAGGUUAGUUUCUGUUUGUAGCUUCAGUUGAUCAAACUGAUUUGGAAGAUCAUCAUCUCUUUUUGAAGGAGGAAGGAAGUUAGUAUGAGUAUAUUAGCUGGUACAAUUGAAAGAAGUUGCACCACCACCAAAUAGCAUUCAGCCCCGGGGAAAACUUACGGAAAGAGCUCAAUCGGGAUAGCGCUGAAUAUGAUCAGAAAGUGAAAAAACUUACAGAAAGCCUCCUCAAGUUUGGGUUGCCUCAGCAACAGCGCGAGGAUAAUCAAUGUCAAGAUGGUUCUGAAUUUUGGUUUCAAAUAAAUCUCGUUGGUUGAAGACAUGUUUGGAUAUAUGGGGGGAUUCGAAGAUGAUGAUGCUCUUGCAUCCAAAGUGAGAGAUACAAAGACUGUUUUUGAGAUUUUUACUGCCAGUUUUGGUAGCGAGGACGGAGUUUCUGGUUGUGGGGCUGUCGUAAGAGAUUCGUGUCAUAGGCCAAUAGUUGCAAGGUCUAAGGCUAUUUCUAAAGGGAAGUGUGUCUCACCAUUUUAUCUACAGUUGGAAGGGGUUGCUUUAGGGGUAAAACUUGCUUUGAAGUAUAAUGCUUUUCCUUUCUAUCUCUACUGCCCUUCUGAAAGUGUUUCUGAGUUUGUUAAUCAAAAUUGGCUUCGCAAAGAUAUGUGUUACUGUGGUGGCGAAAAAUGGGUAACUGUCGAAAGUCAGUGCAAAGCUUGUUCGAAACAGCUGAUGUUCCCAAAAGACCAAAAAGACCAUGAAAUGGCUUUUGAACUCAUCUCUUAUAUUUUCUCGGAUAUCUCCAAGCUCGAGAGUCAUGAUUUUUGGUUUGAUGUGUGUAAUGGUGAAAGUAAAACAAAUGGAGCUGCAUAUCUUGUUGCACAACUUGGAGAAGAUAAGGUGUUGAAACUAAAGGAGAUUGGUGAGUGGGAGGAUUUAUGGGACAUGCUCUAUAAAGAAGUCUUUUGUCACUAUUUCGAGUAAGCUGAAUUUGUGGUGUGCUCAUAAGGUAGAAUGAUCAUUUCAUUGCAGCCUUAAAGACAUGCCUAUAGACAACAAUGUAGCUGUGCAUCGGGCAAUCAAGGAGAGCCUGAAGAAUGUUCAUACAAUUAUAGUAGAAAUUGACUCAAUUUGUUGUUGGAGUCUGUUAUAGGAUGUAUGCCAGUCCUUGGUAUUUUGGUACUUUAUGUCUUCUUUUAAGUCCGCAAGUGUUGUUCGUCAGUCACUGUAGGGAAGCGAACUUUGCAGCAUAAAUUUGUGGUUAUGAAAUCGAGAAAACCUUUCCAGAAGAGUGCAUGAUAUGAAUUGUGUACCACAUUUUUGAAAACCAACUAUUCCAUUUUUCUUUCCCCUUCACAUUACUGAUCUCAGUUUGUAACAAUGUUUUAAGAAUAGUCCGGGCACAAUUUUUAAAAAUUUGUCGGGCACAAUAACAUGCCGUGAUUUGACGUCAUGUUAACGAGAGAAUGCGCCUUCACGACGACGUUAUCUUACCGGAAAAGAUAAAACAUGAGCAUGGAAUAUAUUAGGAAACUUUUUUGAUUUUGAACCAAGUUUUUUCUUCCUCUCCAAAAGAGACUCCGGCCGGGCACUCCUAUUGGGGAUACCAACACCGCAGUCGGAUGACGGAAGCUAAUAUGGAUAUACUAGCGGGAACCAUUGAAGAAGUUGAACCACCACCAAAUGGAAUUUUACAGAGCAUUCAGCCUCAGCAAAUACACCAAGAAGAAGAUGAUGACGGGGAUGAUGAAUUAACAAACAAAGAGAGCAUGAAGCGCACAAUGAGAGAUAUGCUGUUCCGCGGACAUCUAGAUAUUAUAAGGUUAACUAAGAAGAAAGAGGUAGAUCCUGAUAGCCAAGUGUUGCGCCUCCUUGAUGGUCAAGAUAAUUCUGAAGAUAGUGACACAGAUGAUGAUGAACAAUUUGCGAUUCCAACAAAAUCUCAUUGGUUGGUUAUGUGUUUGGGUAUAUGGGGAUUGGAAAAUGAUGAUGCUCUUCCAUCCAAAGUGAGAGAUACAAAGAAUGUUUUUGAAAUUUUUACUGCCAGUUUUUGUAGCGAGGAUGGAGUUUCUGGUUGUGGGGCUAUCAUAAGAGAUUCUUGUCAUAGGCCAAUAGUUGCAAGGUCUAAGGCUAUUUCGAAAGGGAAGUGUGUCUCACCAUUUUAUCUAGAGUUGGAAGGGGUUGCUUUAGGGAUAAAACUUGCGAAGAAGUACAAGGUUUAUCCUUUCUAUUUCCGCUGCCCAUCUGAAGAUGUUUGUCUGUUUGUUUCACAAAAUUGGUCUUUCAAAGAUAAGUGUAUGUGUAGUGGCAAACGACUAACUGUCCAAAGCCAAUGCAAAUCCUGUUCGACACGGCGGAUGUUUUUAGAAAACCGAAAAGACCAUGACGAGGCUUUCAAACUCAUCCUAGAUAUUUUCUCGGAUGUCUCCGAGCUUGAGAGUUUUGGUCUUCCCUGGUUCAGUUUGGGUUAUGGUGGAAGUGAAAGAAAUGAAGUUGCUUAUCUUCUCGCACAGCUUGGAAAAUAUAAGGAGUUGAAACUGAAGGAAAUCGGUGAGUUGGAGGAUUUAUGGGAUGUAAUCUAUGAAGAAGUCUUUGGUUAAUAUAUAAGAUGCCAUGGUAGAAGAUGGCAAGCAGCAAGUUGAAAUCGAUCCACAUACUUCCUGCAGUUUAACAGUAUUAGAAAUUUCUGUAAGUUUUGCUUGUAAGCUAUUAUAGCAGGAGAAAGGGACUCAGUAACUACUCUCAAUUCUUCCAUUAAAACACACUUGAUGAAACUGAGGAAGCAAUUUCUGCAACUUUUCAGUUGCAA